AAUCUUGUUCAGUAUGUUUGCUUUUUCGAUUUACUUUUUAGCGGUUUGUGGAAUACCUUUGGUCUAUGGUCAUGCAGAAGCUUGCAGAUAUCCUUACCGUAGAGUUGGAAAUAAUUGUUACCUUAUUAAUCAAGAAAAAGUGACAGCAGAUACUGCAUUUGCAAUAUGCAUAAGACAUGGUACACACUUGGCCAAUUUUGAGACGUUAGAAGAAUUGCUGUUGAUGAAAUAUGAACUGAAGAAAAUGAAUACUGGUUCCAGUUUUUUCAUUGGAGGACGUAAUGUUAAUAGAUAUAUUUCUGGUGGAGAUUGGAGAUGGAUACAGAAAGGGAAGAUGACAAAGAUGGCAUAUUUUGACUUUGAUUCUAAUGAACCGAACGGAUCGUUUGCAAGACCACAAGACUGUUUGCUACUCAAUGGUGGUCGGAGUUAUAACUUCCGAAGUGAUGACUGUGACGCCUACUCCAUAGGUUUCAUCUGCGAAAAAUGAAUUCAGAUAACUUCAUUGAAUAUAUAAUUUGUGUCUAAA